AUGGCAAGUGGUAUAUCUAGCAAUCCUGAGUAUGAUGGCGUCGAGAUGUCAACCACAACGGUGCCGAUCGACCCGGACUCUGUCACUACAAGCUCGCUACAUGCUUUACAAUCUGCAGAUCAGCGCAAGGUUAUGGAUAUUGUAGACAAGCUGAGACGUACAGGUCUCAGUGGUAUUGUGGAACUACCCCAGCUCGUAGUCUGCGGCGACCAGUCAUCUGGUAAAAGCUCUGUGCUUGAGGCUAUCACGGAGAUUCCGUUUCCUCGUAAGGAAAACCUGUGCACGCGAUUUGCAACUGAAAUUAUCCUCCGUCGUUCUGCAUCGUCCACCAGCACAAUCACGAUCACUCCAGACAAGCUUCGCCCAAAGUCAGAGCAAGCCAAGCUCAAAUCGUUCAGCAAGUCCAUGAAUGACUUCUGCCAGCUUCCAGAUGUAAUCGAAGAGGCGACACAAGCGAUGGGCCUGGGGGCCGUAGGUGGGAUCAAUUCAAGGGCAUUCUCUCGUGAUGUACUAUCGAUCGAAAUCACCGUGAUGAUCAGAACUCUUGUGGACCUUCCAGGUCUCAUCCAUGCAACCAACAAAGCACAGACAGAGACCGACAAAGAGCUGAUCUUGAACCUGGUCAAGGAGUAUAUGGAAAAUCCACGUACCAUCAUCUUGGCAGUGGUUAGCGCAAAGAAUGAUUACGCCAAUCAAAUCAUUCUCGACCACUGUCGCAAGAUCGACGAGCAGGGCCGUCGUACCCUUGGUAUCAUCACCAAGCCUGACUUCCUCCGUGAAGGCACUGACAAUGAGCUGAUCUUGCUCGAGUUGGCUCAGAACAAAGACAUCUACUUGGAGCGCGGUUGGCACAUACUCAAGAAUCGUGACGAGGACUUGUUCUUCAGCAAGGGUCGUUACGCGGAUCUGCCUCGAGAGUGUGUUGGAAUCAAUUCUUUGUGCGAGCGUCUCAGUCAAGUGCUGCUCAAUCAUUUGAUCAAGGAGCUGCCUUCUUUGAAGGACGAAAUGAUCAGCAAGCUUCAGGGUACCAUUACAGAGAUUGGGAAGCUAGGUGACAGGCGUAACACCACUCAUGAGCAGCGCAUGGUUCUGAUGAAGAUCAGCAUGCGCAUCAGCGACAUCCUGAAUUCUGCUACUAAGGGCUACUACGAGUCGUCAUUCUUCGGACCAAUCAAUAUGGACGCAGCUGUUGAUGCAUCUGAAAACAUUCGCCGCUUUCGAGCCGUGGUCCAACACCUCAACAUCAACUUCGCCACCGAUAUGCGCUUGAGAGGUCAUAAAUACGCAUUCGGAGCCGGACCCGGUGACGAAGAGCGAGAAAUCGAAGAGGAUGUAAAAGCGCAGAAAGAGCUUGAAGAUCUCGAAGAACAUCCAGGGCUCAUGUUCCUUCCUAAGCCCACAAAGCUUACGCGUCAAGAAGCCAUCAAGUGGGUCAAAAAGACCCUGGAGCGCUCUCGUGGCUACGAGCUUCCUGGCACGUUUCAGCCAAUGCUGAUAUCACAGCUUUUCUGGGAGCAGUCCCAGCCAUGGGAGCACAUCGCUUCUCAACAUGUCGGCACAAUUGCGAGUGCUUGUAAGGAGUUCAUCGAUACGGUUCUCCAAGCUGCCGCUCCAUCUGAGUUUAAAGAUAGAGUUAGUACUCUCUACGUAGAUAGUGCUCUAACCCAGGCCCUUACUGGCGCGAAAGAAGAACUGCACAAGAUCCUCAAAGACAAAGACCGCCACCCAACCACAUACAACCACUACUUCACCACCACCGUACAAAAGAUGCGUCAGCGAAAGCAUCAAAAGAUCAUAAAGAAAGCUUCAAAAGCCUCAGAAGUCAGCAUAUAUGAUUGCGAGGACAAGUUGCGAAAGUACGUUGACCCUGGUAAGCUCACAGAGGCUAUGGACAAAGCGAUAGAGCCGGAUAUGGACGUCUUCUCAAGCCAGGAUGCUCUCGAUACUGAGCGCGCGUUUUACAAAGAUGAGAUGAAAUACUUCGUCAACGCCGUGACCAAGGCUGUCAUUGAGCGUCACCUGGUCGAACCCCUCCCUGACAUCAUUCUAUCACCUCUGGUUGUGACGCAGAUGACAGAGAAAGAGGUCGAAUUCAUUGCUGCUGAACCUCCCGAAACGACGCAGCAGCGUCUUUAUCUAGACUCCAGAAAGAACAUGUUAGAGAAAGGUCUAGAGACGUUCAGAGAGGCUAUGGGCGGGCUAAAGCGCUAG